AUGGAAAAUAAAGUAUUCUACAUUCAAUACCUCCACAACCACCCAGUGGAAAUCGAAACUCACUUCAAUGGAGAAUUGGAGAGAAAAAGACCGCUUGACAAUGUCUCAAAACUGAUUGCAGCUUACAAGACUGUCACCACUACCCUCCUUGGUGCUAUUCCUGUUGAAGAGCUCACUCUCCAUUAUGUGGUGGAUGGUCCAGCCAUUGCUGUGGAUGUGCUCCUGACCUCUAUUCAAAAUCCUUUUGGUUCUUACGACCAUCCACUGAUAAUCAAAUCAAAAGGUGAUUCUGGCCAAAGUCUUGUCAAUCGUCUUACAGUAAGACUCGAUAAAUUUUUAUCAAACACUUUGGCAGAUAUCGAAAAAAAUCUUUCAGAGUCAUCUACUACUGAAAUCAAAAGAAACUAUCCUAAAACACCUUCGCAUGUUGGACGGUGGGAAAACUUUUCAACAGAUGCAAAAGCAUAUGAAUAUCCUGCUACUCAUGUUGGGAGUGAUGUUGUUUUGCCUGUUACAAGGAGAGUUGCAUUCACACUGGAAAGAGAUGUCAGCAGGGCUGUUGGAAACCAUUUGGAUAACUUCAACAGAAUAUUUGAAGACCAAGGAGAGGCGCACGUAUUCCAAACCAAACCCACUGUUAUCCCUUUAAACUCUGGAACACCAACUCAAACAGAAAAUUAUAUCAAGUUUAUUGGAGUUCCAGAUAAUGUUCUCACUCUUGGUUCCAAAGUGUUGUCAUUUAUUGAAGACAAGACUCCAAAUGAUUUGCCGGUUCGUCAUUUUGCAAGCGGAAACCCAUUUGAUUUGCUGGAGAUGUAUAAAGAAGAUAUACAAUACCAACAAAGCAAAACAACCCGUGAGGACAUUGGACGUAUGGAUGUGUGCACAGUGAUUGAUCAAGUUUAUGGAUAUCUCAUUGAACAAUCUGGUCUAUGGAUGUGUAACAUGCUAUGA